ACGGAUUCUUGCAUGCACGAGGCAAUCCGAUUACAUUCCAUUCCGUCGCUUGCAGGCCUGUGAAGUCACCGCCCCACCUAUUCCAACCACUGUGCGCGGAAUUACCCCAAACACACUGUAGCAACCAUCGAUAAUGAAUAAUAUCCCAGCUCCCGAGUCCUCACGCGACGAACAACUUCACAUAUUCAACAUUCCAUAAAACCUAGCGCAACCGACCCGGCCCUCCCCGGCCAUGCGCGCAUCAUGGAACCCCCAACCAAGCGCCCACGAUUCGGCCCCGCGCCCUUCGAGCACCACAACCCCAACGACCCCAGCGACCCCAACUACGAAGACCCGGAAGCCGACGAGCUGAACGAGCGCCCCGAGGCAGUCAAUGCCCGCCGCGACCCGGCCGCCCGCCUCGAGCGCUCGCGCGCCUUUGCCGCCUUCAAGCUCAAGUCCGCCUUUGAGCGCAUCUUUGAGAAGUACGAGAGGGACUUCACAGGGGUUGGCGACGAGAUCGAUUUGAGGACGGGCGAGAUUGUGGUUGAUAAUGGACAUGUUCAUUCGCUGAAGGAUGCGGAGUUGGGAGGGGCCGAAGAGGAAGAGGAGGAGGGGCAUGGGGUGGAUAGCGGUGGUGAUGGGGUGUCGGAAGCUGGGUCGUUGAAUGAGGAGGAAAAGAUGGUGAGGGGCACCAGGGUCGAGAAUAGGCGGCUCAGCCGGGUUGGGGGCGAUGCGCUGUCUUCGAUGCCUUCCCAGGUCGGCGCGCCGCCUUUUCUUGCGGGUGGAUGGGCUGCGCCGAGCCCGGUGGGAGGGCCGCCGCUUGGGUUCUCGGGGAUGGCGUACCCGGGUCAGAUGCCGUUCGGGCUGCCGAUGCAGUAUGGCACGCCGAUUUCGAUGCCGACCACGGAUCCGACCUGGAGUACGCCCGAGUUGCCGUCGCCGUUUGUCAGGAACGCUCUGGCUUCGGGAGACGUUACCGGUUCGGCUAGACAAAAGACAGCACGGCUAUCGCUGAGCGCUGCUCGCGAGCAGGAUGCCGGGGACGAAGACGACGUCUUCCUGGAUGUGUCUGCCCGUGUGGGGGCCAAGGAGCAGGCCGGGGGACUUGCAAUAAAGCAGAAGGUUCUUUUGGCCCGUCCUCCGCCAGAGAAGAUUCCGGCUAAGAGGAGGGGCAGGCCACCGGGAACGGGGCGCAAGAACGCUGAGAAGGCCAACGGGCUAGGAAAACACCAACAACCUGCGAAGUCACCGGCUGAGAGGAGAAAGGUUCAAAGGAACCGCUUGGAGAGUGAUGCAACCACCGAACCAACGCGUGCCUCAAAAAGAACCUUAGCCCCGAACCCUGCAUUCGCUGCCCAGGUUGAGAACCAUGGGGCUGUCGCCACACCACCAGCACCACCGAAAACUAUCGAGCCCGAUGUGUCGGGCACGCCUGCUCCUAACGGGGCAACAAACCAGGGCACCAAAAAGGAUUCAGCGAACCCGAGCGAGCUAGUGACGCCCUCACCAAGCCCGCCGGUAGCCGGUCCAGAAACAAACUUGGACCCUAGUGUAUACAUCAACCUUUCCGACGGCGAAGAGAAACUCGCCCUGAAACCACGGGAUCAGAUUUUCCGGGUUGAGAUCACCACAACGAAGCGUUUUGACGCCCACUCGUUUCGAAUACUUAGCCCUGAACCGAGUGAGGCAGAUCCACCAAGUCAUCACGAGCCUGUUCAGGAUGAAUCGAAUCUCCAAGUAACCCCGACGGAUUCUGGGCCGCAGGAUACGUGUCCUCCCGAACGCGAGAACAAGGCUCAAACAACAUCAGCAGAAGCUUUCUCAAGAAACUUUGUCGAUCCGGCGUAUGCCUUUUCAGACGAUGACGAGCCCGCGUUGCCGAAAGGGAAACCGCAACGCAAGCAAGGUAAACCUAAGCCCACCAAAACGACCAAUUUUGAGCAUGGCGUAUUGCGCGAGAUUUCCCAGAACGUCGGCUCAGGGGCGGUGACUCCUGCCGGGAAGCCUACUACGGAUGAAUUCAUUCAGGCAGUGGGCUCGACGGCUGCCGUACGGGCUCAGUCGCCCACUCGGAGUCUCAGUUUAGACAAUGCCGUGGAUCAUGAUGGAGGUGGCCUGUUGGAUUCGCCAAAAGAAAGCGACGUACCGCGCCGCCCUGUCUUGAUAACAGAGAUUCCUGAAAAGGCUGGCAACGAAAAGUCUUCUCCAUCUGAGGGAACAUAUCAACGGCGGAUGACUAGGCGGAAGUCGAUGCUUGAGGCAAACCCUGAUUUGGUCAUUGAGCCAAAUUCCGGGAAACUACCUACGAACCCAGAGUUGAACGCUACCCCUGAGAUAACCAAGGCGGUCCCACUUUCAACAGACAGGAAGAGGCGUUUGAGUAAGACUCAGUUGCAGAAGACGCCAGCCAGGGCACUUCAUCGGUCAGUCAUUCAUGGAAGAAGUUCCUUGAAACCACCGAUGAGGCAAGAAAUUCCCGAGACUUCACCAAGCGCCCAGCCGGCCGUCAGCCCGCCAACAGCAGACGGCCCCGCGCAUAUAUUAGAGGUACUCGAUUCGGACCCGCCGUUCUCCUCAGAGGAGCAAAUGCACGCCCUCUCGGACCGGUUCACCAGAGCCCCGUCCCCAACCCUGACCGACCCGUCCUCCAAACCCCAACCAUCCCCGGCCCUCCCCAAACCACCACAGCCGCCACCGGCCCCCCAGACGCCAAUCAAAGCCCCAAAUCGCCGCCGCUCCAAAUCCCGCCCCCCAACAUCAUCCACAACAACAACAGCAGCAGCAGCAGCAACAACAAAGCCAACAACCACGACCAAGAAGCGGAAAAGCACCGGCGUCCUCUCCCUCCUCCCCACCACUACCACCGCCUCCGACGAAGAAGAGGACGAGCUCUCGAUCCUCAGCCCCGCCAAACCCGGCACCACAACACGCGCCACGCCCGCCGGCCACCACGUCCGACUGGGGCUGCUAGCCCCGGGGCUUACCAAGUCGGCGUCAGCAUUGAGGCUGAAGAGCGCCGUCCUCGCUGGCUCGCUGAAUACUAAUACACCGACUGGCCGGGGGCGGCGGAGGAAGUCGGCGGCGGCGCCUUGGACGCCCUCCUCUUCCACUGCUGCGAGGUUGUUGUUGGAGUCGGAGCUGGUGCAGACGCCGGGGGGGACGAUGCGGCGGUGUGGGGAGGGUGGGUUUAGGUGCGAGAGGGAGUUCUGUUUUAGUUGUUUGUGAGCCUGGGGAGGAUGGAUGGGUUUGAAGAUGGAU